AAUAUGUUGUUAAAAAAAAAAAAAAAAAAAAAAAAAAAAGAGAGGGAAAAAUGAAGAGAUUUUCGAACCAAACAUACCCUAAUCUUACAAUAAUUCUCAUUAUCUGUAUGAUAUGAAAGAUCAGAAAUCUGAUUUAAAGAAAGAAAAAUCUCAAGUUUUGGUUUUUUAUAUCCCCGCCAAAAUUAAGCGUCGAGCUGUAAGAGAAGAUCGUCCAUCGCGUUAGGCGGUCUGAAAAUCGUAGUAAACUGUAUUCCUAUCAUCGGAGCCGGAGGACUUGAAUCUUCGCUUCGCCUUCAUCUCUGGCUUUCUUCCGUUGAGUUCAUAUUAGAUUCCUUAGAAUCGCCUUUUUCAGUGAUAGAUUGAAGAGAUGUCCUCUGAGCCAUCUCAACCAGAUUCCUAUAAACCUUACACUCUCUCCCAAACCCUAACUUCCCACAAGCGGGCGAUUUCAUCCGUCAAAUUCUCAGCGGAUGGUCGUCUUCUUGGCUCUUCCUCCGCGGAUAAGACCCUUCGCACUUAUUCUUGCUCAAAUUCCACUCUGACCCCAGUUCAAGAAUUCCAAGGUCAUGAACAGGGUGUCUCCGACUUAGCUUUCUCCUCCGAUUCUCGUUUUCUUGUAUCAGCUUCCGACGAUAAGACUCUUCGCCUUUGGGAUGUCUCUACUGGGUCCCUUGUCAAGACGCUCAAUGGCCAUACUAACUAUGUAUUCUGUGUUAACUUCAAUCCCCAAUCCAACAUGAUUGUAUCUGGCUCCUUCGAUGAGACUGUCCGCAUUUGGGACGUCAAAUCUGGCAAGUGUCUUAAAGUUCUUCCGGCCCACUCUGAUCCUGUCACUGGCGUGGAUUUCAAUCGUGAUGGUUCGCUGAUUGUUUCGAGUAGCUAUGAUGGGUUGUGCAGGAUUUGGGAUGCCUCUACUGGCCAUUGUGUGAAAACUUUGAUUGAUGAUGAAAACCCACCCGUUUCUUUCGUCAAGUUCUCGCCCAAUGGGAAAUUUAUUCUUGUUGGGACUUUAGAUAAUACGUUGAGAUUAUGGAACUUCUCUACUGGAAAAUUUCUGAAGACUUAUACGGGCCAUACUAACUCAAAAUUCUGCAUCUCCUCCACCUUCUCCGUGACAAAUGGGAAGUAUAUCGUGAGUGGUUCAGAAGAUAAUUGUGUAUACCUAUGGGAACUGCAGACGAGGCAAAUAGUUCAAAAACUGGAAGGUCACUCUGACACAGUUAUAUCAGUAUCUUGUCACCCCAGCGAGAACAUGAUUGCUUCUGGAGCACUGGGAAAUGACAAAACUGUCAAGAUCUGGACGCAGAAGAAAGACUAGUUCAUUUGUCAAAGAAAUCCACGAUCAAGGUUUGAACAUAUAACUCUGUCGUGGUGGCACAAUUCUUGUAGCUUAGUUUAAUUAAGUAGAAACUAUUGAGAAAACCUUUUAAAAGUUAAGCCUGUAAGUUUUGUUUUUAUUUCCCGCAUCUCUGUUAUCGUCACCCUGACAUCUGCUAUCACAGAUUCUGUGGCGUUUAUGGAUGUAGGGUAGUUGGUUUGCUGCAUCCAAGAGUUAGGGAUGGUAGGUUCUUUACAUUUACUUUAAUUAAUUAAGAGAGUUCAGGCUGUAAGAAUGAGAAUGGCAGUGGCUAGUGAGCAUCAAGAAUGCCUCUUCAGGACCUCCGACAUAAUUGGGAUGGUACAGAGAAGAUUAGAAUGGGCCAUGGGAAUGAAUGUCACACAGAAGCUAUGAAAUGGUACAAAGACGCUAGCAUUGUUUUAAGUGUUUCUUCAUAUAACCCUAGGGAAAAAUCUGAUUCCAACAUUAUCCAUUUUGUCGACAUAACAAGAGUACAAGACUUGAGAGUUAAACUAUAUCAUAAUAAGACUUCUUCUACUCAUUAGUGUAUUGACCAGUCUGUUUUUGCCUUGCUGGAGAUAGGAACAUAAGACUAUUGUAUGGUGUAGAAGCUACAGUAGAUUUAAAUUGCCCAUUCGGGGACAUCUGAUAAAAUUGGAACGAUAGGGUAGAUUUAAAUUCUUAGAGGUUGUUUGGCCCAAGGAGUUGAAGUUGGGUAGGAGUGAAGUUUGAACUUCUCUCCUUUUGUCCACGGAGUUUGUGAGUCUCCAUAACUAAAAACAUCAAUUUUAUGCUUUCUUAACUCCUUACACUAGGACUUCACAACUUUCUGCCUUUUAUAACUCCUUAGAUCUCACAACUUCAUUCUUGUUUCGAGAAUAACUCAAAAGUAGUCAAUUAAUUUGUCAUACGGGGAAGUUACUUAGAAAAGAACACCAGUGCCAUGGUUGAGAUUGAACACAGAUGAAGAAACUUAAGAGUGUUGUUGCUAUCUUAUGUUGUAUUAUUGUAUAGAUUCUACCUGACAGUGAACCGAGUCCUCUCAGUUGCUCUCCUCCAUUUCCCCUUGAUUUUGUCUAUUAUUAGUUUCAUAAAUCUCUUCCUCCUAAUCAAUUUCCAUUGAUCGUUUGCUCAUAUUGGUCAAAUGCCUGUGUUUCUGUUGGCAAGCUGAUUCUCUCCUUUAGAGCCAUGGCUUUUAACGAGUUCUAUUGGGCCCCUUGAGUGUCAUGAAUGUCUUGCUCCUCUUCUUUUUCGUUAUUAAUUCAGCUGGAAAUUUAUUGGCAAUCUUUUCCUUGGACUAUGGAUUUAGACUUUGCAGAUGUGAAACAAAAUUGAUUAAAAGAAAAGUGUAAAAGUUGUCCAUUAUGUUGAGACCACAAAAUGUGAUUGAAAUUCUGGUGGGGUGAAUGAUUACUUACCUCUUUUUCACGGAACUUGUAAAAGGAAUUCCGUAAGGAAAGGGGUUGGGUUUAGAUGAAUUGAAUAUGAUGAAAGGAAAGGGAAAAAAGAGUGUUUGAUUUGUGAGGUAUUGAAGACUUCAUUUAAAACCUUUAACGAUACAUGAUAGGGCCCAACACUACUACUAUAUGAACAUUUUAACAAAGGUUAAAAGGUGUGCUCCUAAGACUAUAAUAACACCUUCUUAUUAUAGUAAAUACUAUUUUGUAUUUUCCA